AUGAAAACCAUUAAAAAUCCUUAUCUUACUCUGAUAUUCCUAACAAUCUUACUCCGUCCUCUUCUGAUAGAAUCCUGCAAUGCCAUAGAUGAAGAGGCAUUGCUUGAUUUCAAGCAGAGGAUUGAGUAUGAGACUAGAGGCAACCUAGCAACAUGGGUCGCCAAGACCGACUGUUGUGCAACCUGGUAUGGUGUCAAAUGUGAUGCUGCCAACGGAAGGGUUGUUAACCUCUCCCCAUUCCGAUCUCGAACCUUUGCGCAAAAAUUCGACUCUGUCAACCUAAACGGUACACUCUCUCCUUUUCUUGGCAAUCUUACAUAUCUUCGUGUCCUUGACCUUUACCUUUUUCAACAAUAUUACGACCUUGAACCCAGCGGGUUUAGAGGUCCCAUCCCACCUCAACUAGGCCAUUUAUCACAGGUGACCACAAUUUCUCUUGCUUCAAACUUGUUCACUGGUUCAAUACCAAUAUCAUUUGCUAAACUCCAUAAGUUGAAAUCUCUUGAUCUUUCUCUUAAUAGGCUCUCCGGAACUAUACCAUCCUCAUAUUUUCAAUCAAUCAAGUCACUCUCUAUAUUGCGUUUAUUCCGUAAUAAUAUCUCUGGCUCAAUACCAUCUUCCAUCUUAAACCUGAUCUCACUACAGGAACUCGACCUGAGCAGUAAUUCAUUCUCUGGUGGUAUACCAAAUAGUAUUGGCAAACUUACACAACUCACAUCUAUAGACUUGUCAAAUAACCAGUUCAAAGGAAGUAUACCUGAUAGUAUUGACAAACUAAAGCACCUCACAUCUCUAGAUUUAUCAUAUAACCAAUUUAAUGGAAAUAUACCUGAUAGUAUUGGCAAACUAAAGCACCUCGUAGUUCUAGGUUUAUCAUAUAACCAGUUUAAUGGAAAUAUACCAGAUUCCCUAACUGAACUCUCCCAAUUACAAUUUUUAGCCUUUACACAUAAUAAACUCACUGGACAAAUACCAAAUUCCAUAGGAAAACUCUCCAAUUUGAACUAUAUUCAACUUAACGAAAAUGAACUCACUGGACCCAUUCCUAAUUCCAUUGGCAACCUUGUGUCCUUAGAAUCUUUGGAUUUGAGUUAUAACAACUUGAGUGGUGUUGUACCAUAUUCCAUUGGCAAUCUCGUCAAAAUGACUAGUAUUAGUUUAGAGAACAAUAGGAUCACUGGAAAGUUGCCUUCGAGUAUAGGAAAUCUAUCCACAAUAAGCUCAAUGGUAUUAUCAAAUAACCAUUUUGUUGGCGAAAUACCUUCAAGUUUUGGCAAUUUCAAGGACCUCCAUUAUUUGAAUUUGUCAAACAAUCAACUCAGUGGCCUGUUCCCUCCUCAACUUUGUCAGGAAAAUAUACUAAACCUGGAUUUAUCGAGAAAUCAACUAACAGGAAAGUUGCCUUCUUCGAUAGGGAACAUGAGAUCCUUACUGUUCCUUAAUAUAUCCAAUAAUAGAUUUUACUCUGAAAUUCCAGUAGAAUAUUUGAAUCUCACAAGUCUCUAUGUCCUUGAUAUUCACUCAAACAAUUUCUCUGGUUCCUUGAAUACGAUCUUUGAUAAAGAAGGAUCAAGCUACAAUUCCAUCGACUUGUCUUGCAAUAGAUUCACUGGUCCAAUUGACAAAAACAUAGGUAUAAUGUACUCUUUGAACUACAUGGAUUCGUUGAUCUUGUCCAAUAAUCCGUUGGAAGGAUUCAUACCAAAUUCGAUACGCUUUAUGUCCCAGUUACGAGUUUUGGAGAUGGCGAAUAACCAAUUAACAGGAAAAAUUCCCCGAGACCUUGGGAAAGCUGAGUCCCUAACGAAGAUUUUACUGUCUGGUAACAAGUUGACUGGAAGUAUUCCAGCCCAAGUUUUGAAUUCCAAGGAGCUGCAAGUAUUCGAUGUCUCAAUGAAUCAGCUUAAAGGAAGAAUUCCACCCCAUAACUUAACUAUUCCUGCUUCUGCAUUUUCGCAUAAUCUUGGCCUUUGUGAUGCUCCCCUUCCUCCCUGUAAAUAUUUGUAA